GUGAUUCAGGCUAUUCACUUAAAGUCUAUCCUCUCACUCAGUCAGCGGAAACUUACUCGAGAUAUUUCGGCAAUCAUGGCAGGUAUACCUGGUCUCGACCGCCGAGCCAUGGAAGCCGAACGUCUGGCACGUAUGCAAGCGAGAAGUAAGACAAGUACAGUCACAAACACUACAAAGACGAAAGCAUCAUCUUCUAAAAGGCAAAGAUCCAUUUCUCCACCUUUGGUUUCCAGACCAGCCAAGAAAGUCAAGGAACAACAGAAUCCACCAGGAAAUUGUCACUAUCCUCGUGGUGUUAUCAAGAGAACAUGGGCUUUUGGUCAUGCUCGCACAGAAACUGACAUCAAGAUCGAGGAGGUGCUCGAGAAGUCUACUCUGCGCACAGCUUUACUCUCAGCAUUCCAAUGGGACACUAACUGGAUCAUGGCAAAGCUCAACCUGCAACAGACCAAAGUCAUCAUGGUCAUGCAAGCGGAGAAUGAGGAUGUUCAGCAGCAAUACAGGCAGAUAACCGAAUAUCUGGGUAAGAUCCUACGACUAGUGUUUCCAUCUAUGGAGGGCAAUAUCAACUGCAUGCACUCUAAACUCAUGCUGCUCUUCCAUCCACACAAGUUGAGAGUCGUGGUACCUUCGGCAAACUUGACGAGCUAUGAUUGGGGUGAGACUGGGGUUAUGGAGAACUCUGUCUUUCUCAUCGAUCUGCCUCGUCACGAACCACCAUCCAGCAAAGAUGAGAGCUCGCUGCCUCAAUUCGGACGCGAGCUACUCUUCUUUCUCGAGAAGAUGGGCUGCGACGAUGAUAUCCGCAAAGGCGUCUUGAACUUCGACUUUAGCAACACUGGUCAUCUUGCGUUGGUUCACUCGGUGGGCGGUGCUCAUUAUGGCGAAGACAGAGAACGAACAGGAUACCCCGGUCUCAGUAAAGCAGUCCGAGAACUGCAACUCUCAUCAGCCUCAUCACUUGCUUCUCUUGCCAAGCUACAAAUCGACUAUGCAGCAUCGUCCAUUGGCUCCCUAACCGACGACUUCCUCACAGUGAUCCACAACGCCGCCCGAGGGGAAGAUGCGACAACAACGCCUACAUCAAUCUCUCGAACAGCACCAAAACCUUUUCAGAACACCAUAUCAACGCAGAACAUCAGAGACCUCUUCCGCAUCUACUUCCCCACUCACGCCACGGUAGCAAGCAGUACAGGCGGCCCAGACAAUGGCGGUACAAUAUGUCUAGCUUCGAAGUGGUGGGACGCAGCCACAUUUCCCAGAUCUUGCUUCCGAGACUAUCGCUCCAAGCGUCCUGGUAUGCUCUCUCACAACAAAAUUAUCUAUGCCAGGGGAAGGAAUGAAAGAGGCGAGAAAGUGGCGUGGAGAUAUUUGGGAAGUGCUAACUUGAGCGAAAGUGCUUGGGGGAAGUUGAGUUGGGAUCGCAAGAAGAAGGAAUGGAAGCUUGGAUGUAGGAAUUGGGAGUGUGGUGUCAUCAUGCCUGUGGAGACUGAGACUCAUACGGCAGAUGACGAGACGACGGAAAAGAAGAUGCAAGAGGUUGUGGUCUUGAGUGACGAUGACGAGGACGCAGAGACUGAUAGCGGAGAGGAAGAUGCAGAGACGGAGAGCGAGGCGGAAGACACUCCUCAGAGCACGGCUGCUCAUGCGAGCAAGAAAGACUCCAAGGCUGGAAAGACUGGAGCUAUUGAGAAUGGAGCAAGAGAAGCAGCAAUUGAGAAAGAAGUUCCAGAUAUGGACAUCUUCAAUGCUGAAGAUCUGCCUUUCGAUUACCCAGGCGCCGAUUACGAUGGCAGAGAUCCAUGGGUUUUCAGGGGAUGACCAGAAAUGGUUUCACAAAGCAUCAAUUAGCGAGGCAGUUUUAGCAUUGACAUCAAAGUAUAACGAGCUACAUCUUAGCCACCCAACCACUUCAACUAAAUAUCGAAUUCGCUUUUUCGAGCUUCUUCCACUCAUCACCAUUCUGAACCCACAUGUCCACUUUUUCAUUGUA